GCCAUUAAUUCACACUAAAGGAUUGCUUCACAUCGUACUGCCCAACGGACUUGCAUACACAGCUCAAACUAUACAUUAUGACUCGGCUAUCAGGCGCAACCCGGAGGGUCUUUCAAAACACAAUAUGAUAGUCAAGAAGAGCAGUAGGACAUUUACAAGACUUGCGGCAAUAUUGCAGCAGAGGCGAAAAGCAGCUGGGGCGACCCUCCCACCCAGGGCGCAGCUCGCUUUGCAUCAAGACAGCUCAGCACCUAUACCAAGUAUUCAAACCGCAUUCCGCAAAUCUUUGGACACAAGCCAGGAGGCCGUAAAGACCCGCGGGCCUGAUGGACAGUCGCCUUUCAAGCGCACGCUCCUGCGCUGAUUUCCUGAAAUGGAUGGCCGAUGAAGCUGAAAAAGCAAGGAACGGCCAUGCCAUGAAGCUACUUGGCGUGCCGCUUGCCAAGGCAACGCAGGCUGCCAGCGCCGAUCCGCAGCAACCCUCGCCCUUGCACCCGCAUCCACACCCCUUGGCUGCCGACGCUGACACCACUGGCGGCCGGAAACCCCAGCAGCCUGACGUCCUAACAGACGCCACUGCGGCUCCUCCUCCUCCUCAUUCCCCGGGAGGCAACACAGCUGCAGCGGAUCCCGCGACUGCCGCAGCAUCGCCGAUCCCGAGCCCCCACACCGAAUGGGUGCUCUCCCCAGAGCCCGACACGCCGCCGCGUGUGGUUGCGGCUGCAGGUGCUUCCGUCUCCCCGACGGCAGCCAGGGCGGGGGCAGCGGCGGCGGCGGCUAAGACCUACCCGGGGGAGUUGUGCACGGCGGCGGGGGUACCGGAGGAGGGCAGCGCGGGCGCGGGCGGUCAACCUGAUGCCGGAGGCUUGCAGGUGACGGAGUCGUGCGGCGGAGGCAGAGGGGGAGGCGGUGGCGGCGGUACGGCCUGUAGCGGCGGAGGCGUCGGAGCAGGAGGAGGAGAAGCCAACGCAGCUGCCGAAACCGGAGGCGACGGAGGCGGAGGCGGGGGAGCCGCGGGGCCGCCGCCUGGCGGCGCUGACGGCGACAAGCCGGGUGGCGGCGCUGACGGAGGCAGUGGCGGCGACGCCAGCGCCGCCGCCGCGCCGUCGGGGAAGCAGCCAACCACUGUUUUCACCGUCCGGUCGCGUACAGGCGAGCUGUACCUUACAUGUCAAAUAGCAGAGGUGCUGUUUCCGGCGGCGUUCGAGGAGAUCACCUCCGCCGCCGGGCACCGGAGCCCUUCCGCCUCCGCCGCAGCCACCGCUGGCCCUACUGCCGACGCAGACGCCGCCCCCGCCUCCUCAGCUAUUGCAGCGGGUCAAGGCCACCAGCCCUCCGUACCGGACCUCAGCAGCGGCGGCGGCGAUGAUGGCGCCGGCGGCAAGUGCUCGCCCCACUCCCAGGCGCCUCACGCGGAGGUGAGGCUCUUCUAUGAGGUGGCGGAGGCGGCGCACGGGGGCACCGGCGGCGGUGAUGCGUCGGCGGUGCAGGCAGCGGCGGCGGAGGGUGCGAAAGCCGCGGCCCCAGCGGCUUACGACAGCAGCCGCGUCGCUCGCUUGCGUGAUUGUACGGCACGCCUUGUGUCGUACAACCGCUCCACCUGGCGGCUGCACGACAUAGCUGGAAUGCUGGCGGAAUUGGGCGUGAGCGGUGAGCACGGUCGUGUGGCGCUGUGGCGCGAUGAAGGGGCCAGGGUGCGGGUUGUGAAGGCGACGGUGGCGGACGAGGAGCCGGUCGCUGAUGCUGCUUCCGCCGGUCAGGACUUGAAGCCGCUGGCUUCGCAGCAGCAACAGCAGCAGCGGAUGGAGCAGCAGCAGCAACAACAGCGGAAGGAGCAGCAGCAGAGGCCGCAGGCGAAGGUGGCUGCUCUGCUUCUGGCGUCCUUUCCUCGACGGCGCCUGAUGGUGAAGGGCGGGGGCUCCUCCGAAGCCGCCGCCAACGCUGCGGCCCGUGCGAUCGCCGGCAGCAACGCCGCCUCGGUUGGGGAGGAGCUGCCUGCCUGCCGCCGCGCUGAUGGUGGUGGUGCACCUGGUAACGGUGGCAGCGGCGGUGGUGGCGGCAGUAGGGAGGGGAGGAGAAGCUCCGAAGCUGCUGCUGACAUCACUGCCGCCGACGCUGCCGUCGAGGCCGGCGGCGCCGGCACCAGCAAUGCUGUCAUCGCGGUCGGCGGCGACGCGAACCCCAGCAAGGAGUCCGCCGGCGGCGACAUACAGCACGCUCCCGACGCCGCGGCCGGCAGUGGCGACGCCAACACCGCGGACGGCAGCGCCGACGGCGACAGCCGGAGCCCUUCACGUCGGGGUCGUCGAUGCAAGCUCGAGUACAUCCCACACCAAGCCGCACAGCAGUCCCUGUUCGUGACCAACCGCAUGCUGACCUCCAGCCAACACGUGGUUCUACGUAAGGACCUCGCCUACAGCUUGUUCGGCAACCUCAUUGCGGCUGUGGGGGCUGGCCAGGACGUGGAGCUGGAAAUGUUGGACGAGCAGGAGGGCUGCCGACCCGUGGGUCUCAUCUUCCGGGGCUACCAUAACAACGCGGCCACCGACUGCGCCGUUUGGACGCUUAAGUGGCUGCAUGCCUGGGUGAGGCUGAGGAAGGCACGUGAGGGGGAUGAGGUUCGGAUACGGCGAAGCGCGGCAGUGGAGGCGGUCGGCGCUGGCGGCGGUGGAGGUGGCGUCGGCAGCGCUGACGCUAGGGAGGAAGAGAGGGGUGACGGAGGCACUGGUAGCGGAGGUGGCGGUGACGGCAGCGGCAGCGUUGCUGCCGUCAGCAAGCAGCAUCGGUACUAUAUAUCGCUGCAUUCUGCUUUGUCUGGCGGCUGCUUAGGCUUGGAGGGAGACCGGAGGUGUCGCAGAGCUACGGCGGUGCGUGCGGCUCGUGCGGUGGCGGCGGAGGCGCGUGCGGUCGAGGAUGAUGACGGGGACGAGGAGGAGGAAGGCGAGGAAGAGGAAGCGGAAGAGGAUGAGAAAGAAGAGGAUGAGGAAGGAGCAGAGGAGGACGACGAGGAGGAGGAGGAGGAAAAGCAGCAGCGGCAGCAGCAGCGGCGGCGGCCUCCUCAAAGGCUGCAUGCUGCUAGCGUAAGCGGAGGUGGCGGCAGCCGUACGGAGGCGUGCUGGGAGGUAACGGAGGGCAUGUUGAACGGCAAGUUCUUCUCAUUCAUGCUGAAGGCGGAUCUCCUGAGCGGCAUCUUUGCUGACGUCAUCGCCGGAAAGCCCACCAACGUAGACGUCCCCCUGCGCGCGUUUGAAGGUCAGGAAGAUGAAGAGGAGGAGGAAGAGGAGGGCGAGGAGGGGGCGGGAGGCCAGCAACAGCAGCAGCAGAAGAAGGGCGGGAGGCAAGGAGGGGGGAGCGGAAGCAGCAGCCACAAGCGACCCGUGGGUCUGACGCUUCGAGGCUCCGCCCGGGGGCACUCCACGGAGCCUAACUGGUGCAUGAAGGAUCUUGUGAAUUGGCUGCGAGAUAAGGAUGCACGGGUGGGGGAUGUGGUGCGCUUUCGCAGAAGCGACGGUGGGGCCACCGACGCCGGUGGUGAGGCCGGCGGCGACGCCGGGCCGACGUUUUGGAUAUCCCUUAAGCGACGAAAAGCUGGAACGGUGAGUGGCGGCGAUGGCAGUGGCGCAGCAGCGGCGGUGGUGGCUGGGCUUAGCAGUGCCACGGCAGGGGCAGGAACGGGCGGCGCGCGUCGGACGAGGCGGAAGAAGGAAGACGGCGGCGAGGAGGAUGCUUCCCUUCCUCCUCCAGCUGCUUCUGCUGCGCCUUCCGCCAAUACCGCCGCACCGGAGGCUGCAGCAGCUUCCCUCUUUCCGCACCUCCCCGCCGCCUCAAUCACCCACCUUCAUGGCUACACACCGCAGUCGCCCUCGCAGCACCCGCCGCCGCCCCAGCCGGGCGAGCUGCGAGUGUGCGGCCUCACCUUCCACCCGGACAUUGCUGGCCGGGUUCACGCCCGCAUGCAGCAGUGGUGCUCGGAGGUACUGAAGAAGGAACGUAAGGCCUCCCUGGAGGAGUUGUUGCCGCACAAAUACCAGAUCUGGAUCCCGGGUAUUAGUAAUGACCCGGCGACUGCGACC